AUGGAGCUUUCAAGUGGACAAAACUCGCCAGGUCUUGAUAAUCUCUCGCCAAGUUAUUGUCUCGGGGAGCACGAACGACUCCGGGAAUUAUUCCAUUCAUUAAGAAAUUAUAUAUCGCAGCCUUGGAAGACCGAGCGAUGAGUUUCUUAAUUUUGAUACUGGAGAUUAAACUGGGUCAAUGGCGUUGAUUGUUGUUCAAAUUGCACUAACGAAGUACAUUGUAUUGUAUUUUCAUUUAUAAUAAGAGAACGUUCUUCCUUACGUUGUUCCGCAAGAAGAUUCAUUUAUAAUGAAUGAUUGGUAUUGAAAUAUCAGUGAACAAAUUCUAUUGUUGUGACUUCAGUAGCACCGAUGGAACACGCUAAAUUUUUAUCAACAGUAAAGCGGUCCAAUUUAUAAAUUUCCAUAUUUACGACAGUGUGUUUUUAAGUGCUCGAGUGAUUUUUAAUGAAACAUGUUAACAGAAGCUUGUGUUCUUUAAUUGUAUUGUUAACUUCUUCUUGUACCAUACACUUCAAUUCCUUUGCUACAAAUAUUAUACUUGGUCCUAGUGUUGAACCGUGUAUUUUAUACAAUUUCAAUUCAGAGAUAUUUUAUACCCGGAACAUAUUAAAUUUUUACCAAAUCGUUUUUUAAACAACCCACCAUAAAUUUAUACCGAGAACGUAGUAAAUCUCCACUAAACCAUUUAUACGACUAACUGUGACGUAGAAGCGUAAGCAUGAACCGUAUCUGAAACAUACGAAAUUUUCAUCAAAAGAUGCUGCCCGUCGUAUGAUAUUUGUCCAUACAUGGCUUGCAGGUUACGAGAGCACGGCGCCAGUGGCAGCUAUAAUGGGCCCACGGGAGCAAAGAGUGCCAUCCGGGUCAACUAUCACCUUGAGGUGCGUCAUAUUGUCCCCGUAUCAAACUCGGCCCAUCAGGGGGGUGCAAUGGCUCCGGGAUAACAAACUCCUAACAUUCCAGGCUGCACGAGGGGGAAUAAGCGUGGAGACGGAAAGAGGCGCGGCUCGAACGGUCUCGGAAUUGACUCUGGCGACGGUGACGCCGCGCGACGUCGGGAAAUACUCGUGCAGGCCGACCGAGGGACGAACGGACACUGUAAUGCUGAUCGUCGAACCAGGUUAG